UAUCUGGCAGUGACUACAGAUCAGCUUUUCCUGGUUGUUCCUGGACCACAGAGUUCAGAGACGCAAAAAAGCAGCAGGAUCGUUCACUUGUCCUGAUCCGAGUCCCGUGUGUUCUUACAGCAGAACGUUCUCCGUUUUAUCUUGGGCCCUUCACAGGUGCACCGAGAGAGGCAGGAUUUAUCCUGCAUAUAAAUAUGUUAGAAGUGAUUGUGCUCAUUAGUACAACCUAAGUAGAUUGGAAAAACCAAUUAAUAGCAAUUUACUAUAAAUGUCUCUAACUGACUUACUUGAAAGUAUUUACCCCAAAGCAAAAGUAAUUUGAUUUAGUUAAUGUUUAUUGUAAGUAUAUGCAGACUAUCUUCCAGGGCAAAAUGUAUUUUUGAGUACUCCAGACAACUGAAACUAGUGAGCCCACUGUCUGGAGAAAGCAUCUGUAACCACAGCCAAAAGAGGAACGAGAUUGCCGACAUUCUGUCAAGACAUGUGUUUGAAGCAUGGGUUCCCAUCGCUUUCCGAGUGGCUUGCAGGCCAUUUUCCUUAUAUAGAUUUAGACAAGGCAAUGGGGUCCUAGAUUCUUCUUGGUAAAUUGUCUUGGUGAUUUCUCACUAGUCCAUUUUCUCCUAUGUUACUUUACUUGCUUAUUUUAGAUAAGAGUAUGACCUCAAGAAGCUUUAAACAGGACAAAGUAUAGCUCUGAACUACUUUUAUUCCCUUUUCACGUCAGUAUGCAUCUUCCCAAUCUGCUCACAUUGCUGUGUUCCUAAGAAAUGAGUCUAAUCUUACACCUUAAUUACUUGGUACAUCUCCUUCAAAAAUAAAAUGAAAAUGCUUUUGCUGAAUACUUUCCAUACACUCUAAUAAAUAGGAACUUCAGAUGUGAUGCCUAUUUUAGCUCCAGGCUGUGGUUAAAACAUUUUAAUAGCGUAGCAAACUUAUCAACAGACCUUUCCUUCCCCACCCCACCCCCUUCCCUUUUUACAAUGAAAAGAUUUUUAUCCGACUGGCUCGUGACUUGGGGAUUUUUACAAGCGAGGUCAGGAACUUGUCAAAUAUUUUGAAAUUUGAAUCUGAAAACAAAAAACUACCUUCAAAAAAACAGUACCUUAUGCAGCGUGUAUCAGCUGGGAAAAAUUUUGGCUUGCUGAAGCGCGUACAGGGUUCUAUUUUCGGACCUAUCACUACUUAACUAAAGGUUAUCACUCUGGUUCCGUGUUUUAAUAUUCCAAGGCAACAUUUAUUCUAGUGUAACUCCAUUGGGUUUGCCAAAUUAAUGCAGCUGUAAGAGCCUCUUAGUUUCUGUAUUACUAAAGCCUUUUUUCAAAAGAAGGUAAAAAUAUUCAUAUUAUUAUUUUAUCUGGGUAUUUUAAGUCUGUCUCUUUUCCUCCUCUGUUUUCAAGAUGACUGUGGCUGAUGCCCUCUAUCAGUGAUAUAGUUAUUCUUGAAACAUCAGUGAAGAAGUUAUCCAAGCAAAUUAAGAUGUUGUAAGUUUUAGCAGCUGCGCUGAGCUGCCCAUUACAGAGACAUCAGGCAGGAGGAACAACCAUACAACAUUGUGAAAGAGUGCUUUUUUAUAGCAAGGCCUCCACCUCUGAUCAAGUGUGCUAAUGGCUGGUAAGAGUGUCCUUUGAGAAAAUAAUUUGUGGAUUACAAGAAGCAUUAAAUACAUGUAGGGAAACAUCUUGAUGAGUUAAUAUCCAGUAAGGAACUGCAGUGACUUGAUGGUUGCGUUUGGUGACCCAGUUAAGAGCUUUACAAAAACAGUCACCAUCCUUUUGACUUGUGACGUCCCUACUCAUUUUCCUGUUUUAAGUCCCUAAUUUAGCAAAGCACUAACCUCUCUCCCUUAAAGUCUUUCACAGUGGAAGCACUGCUGUGAGAUCUGGAAGAAGACUUUGAGAUGACUACUGCCUUCAGCUUCCUGUUGCUGCCUACAAGCAAGGGGUUAUCACAGGUCAGCUGGCAGAAUGGAAAGUGUGGCAGAUCAGUGUCUGCUGAAUGGCAAUUCAUGUGGUCCCAUGGUCCUACAUCACGUGUCCGAGCAACUUGUGGGAAAUAAUGGAGAGAGCUUUUUAAAGGCUGCAGAGAGGUAUAGACAGACAUACCCCAGAGUUGUGGCACCCAUUAAUAGAUCAAACAAGCCUGUGCAGCUGUGUUUUGAUCAGUGGAAAGGCUUCCUGGCAUCCAAGAACUGAAAUCACCUUUUGGGAGUUUCAGCUAGGACUACUGUGGGUUGGGAACCAGGAGUUCCCCACUCUGGUUCCUGAGCUGCUGGAGAGUGGCUGCACCAACACACUAAGCCCAGGCACACUGCUUCACAUUUAUCUGAGAUCAUUACACCUCGCUGGAGUUUUCUCUGGUUUAAUGUGCAACUCGGAAAGCACAGAGGGGACUGGAGCGUGAGGCUCAGUGUACGUUCUUGUAUUUGAAAGCAGCUCUGUAGCAUCCACAAGAGGAUUCCUGGCACUUGCGUAGUUAAGCUGGAUGUCCAAUGUUAUCUCUCCAGCUAUGUUAACUCUUCUCUCACCCAAGGCAAGAUCUCACGCCCCAAUGGGAUAUAAUGAAAAUAUGCUUUUGAAAUUUUCUUUGACGUCACCUUCUGACAGCGUGUCUGACUGGGGUUCAGGCAGAGGUGUCAAUACUGAGCCCACUGCCGGGGCUCCUCUGGCGUGGCCCAGCAGCAGAACGCCAGCCCUCCCGGGCCGCGGAGGGGGCCCUAGCUUCCUGCGCGAGAUCCUGAUCAGUUCCUUAGCUGAUGUAUAGCUCUGUGGUGCUUUCCUUGUUUUCAGCCUGAGUAAGGAUGAAGGAUCAGGUUCUCAGCCCCCCCCACACGAAACCACCAUUAAAACACCCUGGCCCAGGUCUUCUUGGUGUAUAGGUUUUGGGACACCCUGCAGGACCACUAAAACAAGAUGAUCUAAAGCUAUUUAUAUAAAAUAAGCCAAAGCCAAGAAGUUUGUAUUAAUAUUGUAAAGAAAAUCAUAAAAGUGGAAGCUGCUUCAGCUGCAGAAGAAGCCAGGUUGAGUAAACUUUAGAGAGAGCGAGCAAGCGACUUCAAGCACUACAGUGCAUGGGAGUGCAAAGGUACGCAACAGUCAGCUGAGCAUAUUAACAAGAGACGUCUUACUCUGAGGUCCACGGCCGCCUUUUUCCUGCCACAAAGCAAAGACUCCUGUAGCCGAUGCUGCGGGCGGGAGGGGAUCGCCCCGCGCAGCGCGGAGAAGCGGCGCCCGCGCCGCAGCGCUGCCUCAGCGCCCGGCUGGCACCUGGGAGGCUUUUUCGCUGAUGUUUGAGCCAGCAUGUCGCGGAGGAAGCAGGCGAAGCCUCAGCAUUUCCAAUCCGACCCCGAUCUGGCCUUGUUAUCCCAGCGAAAUGGAGACACAGAAAAGGGUCAAGCAAAUCGAACCACUAAGAACAAGGACGCCCAUGUCUGUGGCAGGUGCUGUGCUGAGUUCUUUGAAUUAUCAGAUCUCCUGCAACACAAGAAGAACUGUACUAAAAAUCAAUUAGUUUUAAUUGUGAAUGAAAAUCCAGCUUCUCCUUCUGAAACCUUCCCUCCUAGUUCCCCUUCUGAUAAUCCUGAUGAACAGAUGAAUGACACAGUUAAUAACACAGAUCAAGUAGACUGCAGUGACCUUUCAGAGCAUAACAAACUUGACAAGGAAGAAUCCAUGGAUGUGGAGGCUUCGAGCAUUAACAAUAGCAGUAGCAGUUCCAAGAGUGUCAACAAUAGUAUUACAAGCAGUAACAGCUCCACAAUGGGUACCUCAGCUGUAACAACCUCUCUACCUCACAUAGGGGAUCUGACAACAUUAGGCAACUUUUCAGUGAUAAAUAGUAAUGUAAUAAUUGAAAACCUUCAAAGUACGAAAGUGGCAGUAGCGCAGUUCUCACAGGAAGCAAGAUGUAACGGUGCAUCGAACAAUAAGCUUGCUGUACCUGCCCUAAUGGAGCAACUGUUGGCUUUACAGCAGCAGCAGAUCCACCAGUUGCAACUGAUUGAACAAAUUCGCCACCAAAUAUUAUUGUUGGCUUCCCAAAACACAGACAUGCCAACAUCUUCUAGCCCUUCUCAAGGUACUUUACGAACAUCUGCCAACCCCUUGUCCACAUUAAGUUCCCAUUUAUCCCAGCAGCUGGCUGCAGCAGCUGGAUUAGCACAAAGCCUUGCUAGUCAAUCUGCCAGCAUCAGUGGUGUGAAACAGCUACCCCCUAUACAGCUACCUCAGAGCAACCCUGGCAACACUAUAAUUCCAUCCAGUAGUGGCUCUUCUCCAAAUAUUAACAUAUUGGCAGCAGCAGUUACAACACCGUCCUCAGAAAAAGUGGCUUCAAGUAUUGGUGGCUCACAGCUCAGCAACCCACCAGUACCGGCAUCAUCUUCACCAGCUUUUGCAAUAAGCAGUUUAUUAAGUCCUGCAUCUAAUCCACUUCUACCUCAGCCUGCACCUAGUAACUCUGUUUUCUCCAGUCCCUUGUCCAAUAUUGGAACACCUGCAGAGGAUUUAAACUCCUUGACUGCCUUGGCACAGCAAAGAAAAAGCAAGCCACCAAAUGUAACUGCUUUUGAAGCAAAAAGUAAUUCAGAUGAGGCGUUCUUUAAGCAUAAAUGCAGGUUCUGUGCUAAAGUGUUUGGGAGUGACAGUGCCUUGCAGAUUCAUUUACGUUCUCACACUGGCGAGAGGCCAUUUAAAUGCAACAUAUGUGGAAACAGGUUCUCCACAAAGGGAAACUUAAAAGUCCACUUUCAGCGUCAUAAAGAAAAGUACCCUCAUAUUCAAAUGAAUCCAUACCCGGUGCCAGAGCACUUGGACAAUAUUCCUACAAGCACGGGUAUUCCUUAUGGGAUGUCUAUACCGCCGGAGAAACCUGUCACAAGCUGGCUGGACAGCAAGCCGGUCCUCUCUAGCCUGACGACGUCUGUCGGCCUGCCGCUCCCACCCACGAUUCCAAGCUUGACCCCAUUCAUCAAAACUGAGGAGCCUCAACCUAUUCCCAUUAGCCAUCCUUCCGCUAGCCCUCCGUGCUCUGUCAAGAGUGACUCGGGAACAGCUGAUCCCACAUCAAAAAUUUCCAAUGGACUUUCUGAUGAGGUAGAGGCUGGUGCUUUGCCUACCUCAAAUGGCAAAAUGGAAGAAAACCCUCAAAACACAAACUCCAUCACUAACAUGAGCAGCUCCAUGAGCUCACCGGCAGCAGACUCGGGCUCCAGCAGCGUUGCCACUUUUACAAAUCCACUGAUGCCUCUAAUGUCAGAGCAAUUUAAGGCAAAGUUUCCAUUUGGAGGACUGUUGGAUUCAACGCCAGCAUCUGAAACAUCAAAAUUGCAGCAACUGGUAGAAAACAUUGACAAAAAGGCAACCGAUCCUAAUGAGUGUAUCAUUUGCCAUCGAGUUCUCAGUUGCCAGAGCGCACUGAAAAUGCAUUAUCGCACACAUACCGGUGAAAGGCCAUUUAAAUGUAAAAUCUGUGGUCGCGCUUUCACUACUAAAGGCAACUUGAAGACUCAUUAUAGUGUCCACCGUGCCAUGCCCCCACUGAGAGUACAACACUCAUGCCCGAUCUGCCAGAAAAAAUUCACCAAUGCUGUUGUGCUUCAGCAGCAUAUCCGAAUGCACAUGGGAGGGCAGAUUCCCAACACCCCAGUCACGGAAAACUAUCCGGAGUCAAUGGAAUCAGAUACGGGAUCUUUUGAUGAAAAGAAUUUUGAUGAUAUAGACAACUUCUCAGAUGAGAACAUGGAAGACUGUCCUGACAGCAGCGUGCCAGAUACUCCUAAAUCUGCAGAUGCAUCACAAGACAGCUUAUCAUCUUCCCCGCUGCCCCUGGAAAUGUCAAGUAUUGCUGCUUUGGAAAAUCAGAUGAAGAUGAUCAAUGCAGGACUUGCUGAACAACUUCAGGCAAGCUUAAAGUCAGUGGAAAAUGGGUCAGUGGAAGGGGACGUUUUGACUAACGAUUCAUCAUCUGUUGGUGGUGAUAUGGAAAGCCAAAGUGCUGGAAGUCCUGCUGUCUCAGAGUCUACCUCUUCCAUGCAGGCCUUGUCCCCAUCUAACAGCACUAAUGAUUACCACAAGUCACCAAGUAUUGAAGAGAAACAAGUAAGAGCUUUACCAAGCGAGUUUGCCAACGGUUUGUCUCCAACCCCUGCUAACAGUGGUGCUUUGGACUUGACAUCUAGUAACACUGAUAAAAUGAUUAAAGAAGAGUCUCUGAGUAUGCUCUUUCCUUUCAGAGAUAGAGGUAAAUUUAAAAACACCGCAUGUGACAUUUGUGGCAAAACGUUUGCUUGUCAGAGUGCCUUGGACAUUCAUUACAGAAGUCAUACCAAAGAGAGACCAUUUAUUUGCACAGUUUGCAAUCGUGGCUUUUCCACAAAGGGUAAUUUGAAGCAGCAUAUGUUGACACAUCAAAUGCGAGAUCUACCAUCACAACUUUUUGAGCCCAAUUCCAGUAUCGGCCCUAAUCAGAACUCUUCGGUUAUGCCUGCUAGUUCACUGUCAUCGCUCAUAAAGACCGAGGUUAACGGCUUUGUGCAUGGCUCUCCUCAGGAUAGCAAAGAAACACCCUCCAGUCUGGUUGCUGCGGGGCCGCUGCCCUCCUCCGCCACAUCACCUGUCCUGCUCCCCGCACUCCCCCGAAGAACCCCCAAACAGCACUACUGCAACACGUGUGGGAAAACGUUUUCUUCCUCCAGUGCUCUGCAGAUCCAUGAAAGGACACACACUGGUGAGAAACCCUUUGCCUGCACUAUCUGUGGAAGAGCAUUCACAACAAAAGGCAAUCUGAAGGUUCACAUGGGCACUCACAUGUGGAACAGUACUCCUGCAAGACGAGGCAGACGACUUUCUGUAGAUGGCCCCAUGACAUUUCUAGGAGGCAAUCCCGUAAAGUUCCCAGAAAUGUUUCAGAAGGAUUUGGCUGCACGGUCGGGGAACGGAGACCCCUCCAGCUUCUGGAACCAGUAUGCAGCAGCGCUCUCCAAUGGCUUGGCCAUGAAGACCAAUGAGAUCUCCGUCAUCCAGAACGGCGGCAUCCCGCCGGCGCCGGGGGGCCUGGGCAACGGCGGCAGCUCGCCCAUCAGCGGCUUGACGGGAAGCCUGGAGAAGCUCCCGAAUUCAGAACCCAAUGCACCUCUAGCUGGUCUGGAGAAAAUGGCAAGCAAUGAAAAUGGGACAAACUUCCGAUUCACGCGUUUCGUGGAAGACAACAAAGAAAUUGUAACAAAUUAGAAAAAACUCCAUAGAUAACAUUCCUGCAAAUAGUGCAACCUAGGGUUGCUUUUUUCAAACUGCAAGCUACAACAUUACAAAGACAUUCUUUUGUACCAUGUUCUACUUCUAGAGUUCUAAGAGAGCUUAUUUAUUAGUGAUAUAACCUAGCUUUGCAAACAAAUGCAAGCAUUAACUUUGGUCUCCUGUAUUUUGAACUAAAUACUAAUCGACUAGAGUGCUGUAAACUUGCUGUAACAUUUAUGGCAGUUGCAAGUCUGUUUUGCUAGGUGAUCUUAUUCUGGCAUUAACUUAUUUUCUAUAUCCAGUUUAACAUGAACUCUGGUAUUGAUGCAAUGCCUCAGUGAUGCAUUAGAUCUCUAAUAAAAAUCUGUAUAUAAAUGUACACUUUGAUCCUGCUGGAAAUUUUAUCAGCAAACACAUUGUUUAAUUUUUCCAAACAGAAUUAAGAAAAGGACUGAAAGAAUAUAGACUGAACAGUGUGGGUCCUUUACACAGCUCAGUUUUUGAUUUUUAUUAUAAAAUUAAAACUGCUUUAAUUUUUGUAGGUUUAACAUUUUCCGUUUUGAACUGUUAUUUGUAUUGUGCUUUUUACUUGAGUCGUCUUAAAUGUUAAUACGUUUCUGUACAGUAAUAAGCACGCAGAUUAUUAGAGAAGAUACUGAAGUGUUGUUUUGGUAGUUGAAACUGAGACGUAACAUUUUGCCUUGUAGGUAUAUUCAUUAUAGAAAACGUGCUGGACUUUCACAAUGCUGCUAAGUAUAGCAUCUUGAACAACUUCCGUGGACAACUGUAGAUGCUCCUGUAUAUACAAUAAGACAUCACGUUCAUUAAAAUGUACAUACGUUCCUUACAAGACCCAAGCCCUACUCCUUGACCAAGGGAACAAGUAUAGUGUUUGUUUAUUUUGUAUUAGGUAUGGGGGGUGGGCAGGGGGAACCUUGGACUGUUACAUGCACUUUCUCGGAAAGUUGAAAAGAAAAGAGGUCCAGUUUCUUUAACAUUUAAUACUUACUAACAGCAGAGAUACUGUAAUUUUACUCGAGUAAUCAAAUACAUUUUUGCAACAGAUAAAAUUUGCUGUCUCUGUGUUUUUAAAGUGUACCUGUAUUUAGUAAUGCCUUUGAAUGUAUUAUUUAACCUUUCCCUUGGUUAACAUGAACUGUCCAGGUUGUAUGUGCGUGUUUAUAUUUGUAUGUAUGGGUAUACAUAUAUGUAUUGCAUAUUAAUUGCUAGUAUAUUUUUCAUACCCCUUAAUAGUGGGAACUUUCUUCUUAACUAUUCAACUAUUCCUCAUAAAAUUGUAGAUAUUUUGGCAUUUUUCAUUUCUUUAUAAAAAAAAUGCUGCUAGCAAAGACCUUAUUGAGCCUAGGUAAGUUUCCUUUGAAGGAAAUAAUAUAUCAGAUUUAAGGCUUGAUUUGGUUCAAAUGUUUUAUAUUUGAUAUUAAUUUUAUUCUAUGAGAUUGUAUGUUUGUGGCAUGCUUACGCUGCUAUAUCUGUGUUAAGAUGUCCACUUGCAAGCCUCCAUAUGUUAUAUGGGGUUUAUAACUUGAUUGUAAAAAAAAAAAUUGCUUUGGCCUUGCACAUGAUCUGGCUUCCCUUAUGCACCUGCAACGAUCAUUAACCUCAAUGGGAGUUUUGGGACACAAAAUUCAGCCCAAUAUUUUCACCCACUAGAGUUUUAUCUCCUCACAUUAUUAUGAUUUAUGAAAAAUAAAUCGGCUUGACUGCCUUUAAAUUAUGGGCGCUUCAAGAAAACCGCAAAUGACCAAUUUUAUGUUCAUUGUAUAUAUAUAUUUUUACAAUUCCAGAAUCCAGGUAUUUUGCUUUAUGGGAUUUUCUUUAGUAUCUGUUGGGGGGGGGGGGGGUGUUGCUUGCCUUCUUAAACAAGAAAUAGCCUCUCUGCUCUUCUGCCCUAGUAUCUCAAGUUGUAAAUUGGGGAUAAUGGAAAAUUUAAUACUGAAAAGCUGGGAUGAGAAAUACUUUUCUGGAGGAAUUAUACCUCUUGUCCUUAAUAUGAUUAUGAAUCCAUAGUAAAGUAUAAACGCUGUAGUCUGAAUACCUCUUGGA